AUGGGGCAGGACCAGUCAAAACAACAGAUUGAGAAGGGCCUUCAGCUCUACCAGUCCAACCAGACAGAGAAGGCCCUGCAGGUGUGGAUGAGGAUGCUGGAGAAGAGCACGGACCUUGUAGGCAGGUUCCGAGUGCUGGGCUGCUUGGUCACCGCACACUCAGAAAUGGGCCGUUACAAGGAUAUGCUGAAGUUUGCCGUGGUGCAGAUCGACACAGCCCGCGAAUUAGAAGAUGCUGACUGCCUCAUGGAGAGUUACCUGAACCUAGCCCGAAGCAAUGAAAAGCUGUGUGAAUUCCAGAAGACCAUCUCCUACUGUAAGACCUGCCUCAACAUGCAGGGUACCCGGGUGGGCCACCAACUCAAUGGGCAGGUCAGCCUGAGCAUGGGCAAUGCCUUUCUGGGCCUUAGCCUCUUCCAGAAGGCCCUGGAGAGCUUCGAGAAGGCCCUUCGCUAUGCGCACAACAAUGACGAUAAGAUGUUGGAGUGUCGGGUCUGCUGCAGCCUGGGCAACUUCUACUCCCAGGUCAAGGACUACGAGAAAGCUCUGUUCUUCCCCUGCAAAGCUGCCGAGCUGGUGAAUGACUAUGGCAAGGGGUGGAGCCUCAAGUACCGCGCCAUGAGUCAGUACCACAUGGCGGUGGCCUAUCGGAAGCUAGGGCACCUGGCUGACUCCAUGGAAUGCUGUGAGGAGUCCAUGAAGAUUGCCCUCCAGCACGGGGACCGGCCUCUCCAGGCUCUCUGUCUCCUCUGUUUUGCUGAUAUCCACCGGAGCCGCCGAGACUUGGAGACAGCCUUCCCCAGGUAUGAUUCUGCCAUGAGUAUCAUGACGGAGAUCGGGAACCGACUGGGGCAGGUGCACGUCCUGCUGGGCUUGGCCAAGUGCUGGGUGACCAAGAAGGAGCCAGAGAAGGCUUUAGAUGUCAUUGAAAAGGCCCAGGAUCUGGCUGAGGGACUGGGGAACAAGUUAAGUCAACUGAAGCUCCACUGCCUGAGCGAGGGCAUCUAUCGGAGCAGGGGGCAGCAGCGGGAGCUCCGGGCUCACGUCGUGCGUUUCCAUGAGUGUGUAGAGGAGACAGAGCUAUACUGUGGGCUCUGUGGGGAGUCCAUUGGCGAGAGGAACAACCGGCUGCAGGCCCUGCCUUGCUCCCACUUCUUCCACCUCAGGUGCCUGCAAAACAACGGGACCCAGAGCUGCCCCAAUUGCCGCCGCUCCUCCAUGAAGCCAGGCUUUGUGUGAUGAGGGCCUGAUGCCCUGCUCCACUCCUGGAAGUGGCCUGAGGGAGAACUGCUCUAAGCCAGACUCUGGGUGCACACGGGUCCCUUCCUCCUUCCCUCUUCCUCCCCGUUACUGCCGAGGCCUCACUCAUCUGCCUGGCUGUGCUGAAGUCCUGGACCUGCUGAGGAUUUCCUUGCCCCGUGGGACCUCACCAUCAUUCGCCUACUAAGAGCCCUCCUUAUGUGAACUUUGCCAAAGCCACGUUGUCAUCGGGGUUUUCCCCUUGAUUUCCACAGGUUAGCUUUGUUUUGGAAGUGACCCAGAAGAGUCCAGCUUCAUCGUCCAUCCCCCCUGUCCUCACCCUGUCCUCUAGCAUUCCUGGCUGCUGCCUUCCUGGCUGCCAUGUUUCUGUCCUUUACUUAACCCCACCUUUGUUCCCGUUCCCCUGUAUCACCCCACUUCCAGGUGGCCCUUGGACCCAUUCCCAUCUAGGGGGAAAGUUAGCAUUCUGAAGGCCACAUUCCUGUCUGUGGCGGUAGCAGUAACUGGGGUUAUCUGCCCCUUUCCUGGCUUGAGGACUGCCUUACACCCCCUGCUGUCAUGCUCAACCCUGGGAUUGGCUGCCUGACUUCCCCCACUAGAACAUCCAACUACUUGGGAUUCUUUCUUUGUCAGGCUUGCCUAGCCUUGGGCCAGUGUAUCAGGCAUCAGGCAAGAAGCAGCCCUUCCUCCCCCAUCCCCACUGCUACCCAAAUGAUUCCAACCAGCCCCUGCUGCUCACCCUCCACUUGUCUGUAUUCUGUUCUUUAUAGAAAAAUAAAAAAUAAAUCAUUUCUAUCCA